AUGGUUCGUCCACAAGAAGACAACUUCAUUUUGAGAUGUGGCAAACUAUUCCAUCAAUACGCUGUGGACAUGUAUGCGAAGAUUGAAUCAGAACGUCUCAAUUACCUUAGAUUCAAUCAAGCGGCAUUGCGAUCGGAAGAGUACAUACACUUACAAGAUGCAAUAGUGAAUGAUGGCGAUGUCAAUAAUAUUGGACGUUUAACAAUACUACCAACGACUUAUAUUGGCAGUCCGCGUCACAUGCAUCAAUAUACACAAGAUGCAAUGUCGUACGUUAGUCAGACACCAACAUACCGCCACGAUAUAACAGCACGUGUAUUUCGACAGAAAUUGAAAGCGCUGAUUGAUUUGAUUAUCGAAUUGCGAGUAUUUGGAGAGGUGCGUUGCUGGAUGUACUCGGUCGAAUGGCAAAAGAGAGGGCUUCCGCAUGCACAUAUAUUGAUAUGGCUGUUACGUAAAAUAACACCGGAUCAAAUUGAUAGCAUUAUAUCAGCUGAAAUUCCAGAUGAAAUUGCUGAUCCUGAAUUAUUUGAAGUUGUCAAGUAA